AUGGGCAAAGCCUCCAAAUGGUUCCGCUCCAUCCUGGGCCUCAAAAAGCCCGACCCGACCCACCAAACCUCCACCUCCUCCCCAAAACCUCCCACCAAAGACAGACGCCGCUGGAGCUUCGUCAAGUCCUACAGAGAAAAAAACCACCACCGCCAUCAAAACGACACCCCACCGCUUCCUUCCGACUCUGCAAAUGACGCCGUCGUCGACCCCAACAAACACGCCAUCGCCGUCGCAGCCGCGACCGCCGCCGUGGCAGAAGCCGCAGUCGCCGCCGCGCAAGCCGCCGCCGCCGUGGUCCGCCUGACGAGCAGCGGACGGUGCCCCAGCAACCCCGCGGCGCACGUUAGCGCGGCCCGAAUUGCGGUCCGCGAAGAAGAAUGGGCCGCGCUGAAGAUUCAAGCUGCUUUCCGAGGCUGUUUGGCAAGGAGAGCAUUGCGAGCAUUAAAGGGAUUGGUGAGACUUCAGGCACUGGUAAGAGGUCAUAUUGUGAGGAAGAACAAUGCUGCGCGGUUGCAGCGGCUGCAAGCAAUCUUGCGUGCUCAGGCGAGAGCUCGAACAGGGCGGUCCCAAAUUUCUGAGCUCUCACAUUCAAGGACCAAGUCUUCUCAAUUUCACCAACCUGGUCCAGCAACCCCAGAAAAAUUUGAACAUCCCAUCCGAUCCAGGAGUACAAAACUCGAGCAAUUUUCAACACUCAGGCGGAAUAGCUCCAGAUCAUAUGGCACUACAGAUGAUGAAAAGAAUGACAGGGUCCUUGAAAUCGAUACUGGGAAACCAUACAUCGCAACUAAACGGAGAAACCUUUUCCACUCUACUCAUCUUGCUCUGGCUUCAGACCAAUACAGCCAUAGCUUUACCACUUCAAAAGAUUCUACAAGCCAUCAAACACUUCCAAGUCCAUCUUCUUGCGAGGUCCAAUCUUUAACUCCAUUGAAAUUCUCUCGAGAGGUUGAGGAAGACUCUUUCUGCACUGCCAACAGUAGUCCUCAGUUUCAUUCGGCUUCAUCAAGGGGCGGUAAUUCAAAGAGAAGUCCCUUCACUCCCACAAGGAGCGAUGGCUCGAAAAGUUACCUAAGUGGCUACUCAGAUUACCCGAGCUACAUGGCAUGCACGGAAUCUUCAAAGGCGAAGUUAAGGUCUCUUAGUGCUCCAAAGCAGAGGCCUCAGUAUGAAAGGUCUGGCUCUGCAAAGAGGUACUCCAUUCAUGGCUCUGGCGAAUUGAAGUCAAGUGCUCAAAGGGCGUCUGCCUUGCAUGCAAACUUUGCAAGCAAAGCCUACCCGGGAUCUGGUCGGUUGGACAAGCUUGGGAUGCCUGUGGGUUACAGAUACUAA